ACCCGGGUAGUGAAGCUAGGGGUGAAGGGGAGAUAGAGACUAGCUAAGAAAGACAGGGGCUCAGCGCUUGUCGCUGUGUUCCCCCUUUUCAUUUCCCAGCACUAACGCUACGCCAAUCCAGCGUGCUAUUUAUUUAAUUGUUCACGCUACUCCUCAAUCCCUGGCCCAACAUGAUAUUGACCAAAGCCCAGUACGAGGAGAUAGCCCAGUGCCUAGUGUCUGUGCCGCCCACCAGGCAGAGUCUGAGGAAGCUGAAGCAGAGGUUCCCCAGUCAAUCGCAGGCCACUCUGCUGAGCAUCUUCUCCCAGGAGUACCAGAAACAUAUUAAAAGAACACAUGCCAAGCAUCAUACUUUGGAAGCAAUUGAAAGUUAUUACCAAAGGUACCUGGAUGGAGUGGUGAAAAAUAGAGCUGCCCCAGUGCUCCUCGAGCUGGCCAAUGAGGUGAACUAUGCACCCUCAUUAAUGGCUCGGAUUAUACUGGAAAGAUUUCUACAGGAGCAAAAGGAAACUCCACCCUCCAAGUCUGUUAUAAAUAGUAUGUUACGGGACCCUUCUCAGAUUCCAGAUGGAGUUCUAGCAAAUCAGGUCUAUCAGUGCAUUGUGAAUGACUGCUGUUAUGGACCACUGGUGGACUGCAUCAAACAUGCCAUUGGUCAUGAACACGAAGUCAUGCUAAGAGACUUGCUUCUAGAGAAAAACCUGUCCUUCCUAGAUGAAGAUCAGCUCCGUGCAAAGGGUUAUGACAAAACCCCAGAUUUUAUUUUACAAGUACCAGUUGCUGUAGAAGGGCACAUAAUUCACUGGAUUGAAAGCAAAGCCUCAUUUGGUGAUGAAUGUAGCCACCGUGCCUACCUGCAUGACCAGUUCUGGAGCUACUGGAAUAGGUUCGGGCCGGGCUUGGUCAUCUAUUGGUAUGGAUUUAUCCAAGAGCUGGACUGUAACCGGGAGAGGGGCAUCCUGCUCAAAGCCUGUUUCCCUACGGACAUUAUCACGUUAUGCCACAGCAUAGCUUGACCCCGGUAAUCCUGGAAGAGAAGCCAGGAGGAAAAGGUGAAUCCGGAAGCAAUGUGACUUUCCUGCAGCGUAAACUGCUGGCAACAUCUGCCCUGAACUUCAGCUGAACUCUUGCUGCUCGUGGUCACACCACUACCUCUUUAGACAAACAUAUCAAGAGUUUCUGUUUUCCUUCAUCCCUUGCUGAUGUGAACAGCCAAGAACUACAGACACAACCCACUCAUUAUCAGCAUUUCUGUCUCUGUCAAACAGUUAGUUUAUAGAUAGUCAUAAUCUUUCUUCCUUCCGGAUGGUUUCUCCUUGUAUACCGAACAAAAGGAAAAAUGUGGAGACUGAAAGGUGUGAUUUUUCAAUUCUCCUCCCAGUUACCGAAUCACCCUCUUACUUUUUUUCUAAGCCUCCUUUCAUUCUCUCUCCCUCCCCCUUUCUUUUCAUGUACACUCAUAGAUACCCAGUGUUGCAUUACAGUCUCAGAAUGAUCUAGCCCAAUCCUGGGAAAGCUGGAGACCAGAAGUCUGGAACUGCCUUUCGCUCUUACCUGCAGGGCACCAGCCCACCGGAUGGUAGCCUGUGGGCCUGUUUGUUUUGCCUGGUCUCUACUGUUUCCUAACAUCUACUGCAUGGACCCAGGUGACAAAAUACACCUGAUGGGAAUUUCCUCUUUUAUGAUACUUAUUUGAACCCAAAUAUUCUCCAAUUGUCUCUUUUAAAAAUAUUAAUUGCACUGUGGCUGGAAAACAUACUUCUUUGGAAUGGGGACUGAAGGUAGAAGAUUGACAUUCAGUGCCAAGAGUUGACAAGAGUUAAGUUUGAAACAUGGCUCGUUGUCAGUAUGUAGGGUAGUCCGUAUUUUUAUGUGUAAAGUCUUUUAAAAGCACAUUCUGUGCACUGCUUUGUAUCUGCAUUUUUAUACCCCAUAAUUGUAUGAUAUCUGAGGUAUUAGAAAUACUCAGCUCUGAAGGAUUAAGUAUACUAGCAAUAAACCCAGAGCAAUUUUCAAAUAAGUAAAAUACCUUGUAGUUGUUCAUUUUAAUUUAUUCACUUUUUAAGUGCAAACCAAAUUUCAAUCUAUAGCAUAACAUCCAUAAUUCAUUAUAAACCUAUUUUAGGAGACAUCGAAAAUUAAUCUGUACCCAAACACAUAUUUAAGAAAAUGUCCCCUUGUUGGCAAAGCACAGUAACUUUUAUAGUUUUGAAUAGUUGAACUUGGACAUCUUAAUAAGAAUGUAACUUUUAUAAACACCUUUAUAAUAUAUUGCUUGGUUCUUUCAAAAGACCAAAUAUGCUAUCUGUCCUUUUAUUCACUUUGCACCUAAAAAAAGGUCUGCUUGCUGUUUCUCCUUUUGAAGAACAUAAACAUACUGGGUCCCAACGUGUUGGAUGUUAAUUCUAUGUAAGUUGGAUUAAACAACAAAGAAAGUGGUAGAAGGAAAACAGACCAGUAAGGUGGUUAUCAAGCAAGCAUCUGCUUCAGCAUAAAACUGAUCAUGCAGAUUUUGAGUAAACUAGAAUGAUUUGAAACCACUUUCCAUUGGCUUGUUACACACAGACAUUUUAAACAAAACUGUUUUUGAAAGGAAUUUUCAUGGCAUGUUCUAAACUUUUUCUUCAUUGGGAAUAAAUUACAUAUAUCUGCACAGAUG